GUCACUUCCGGCCCCGAGGGGCAUUUUAAAAUGGCUUCUCUGAGCAGAAACCAAGAGGGUGGUCCACACUUAAGCAAACUCACAAAUACCGCUCUGUAGUCGGAAGGGUGCUCCAUGAGCGCGCAUGCGCUUUGCAACUGCCCCUCCUCACACGUGUGCCGGCUCUUCAGCUCGGAGGGGACACCAUGCCGAAAGUGAAGCGCUCGAGGGGCUCCGGCGGGGCGGCGAAGGCGGCGUCCGUUCCGCUGGCCGAGCAGAUCCUCCAGGGCGACUCCGUGAAGCCUGUCACGCGGGUGAAGCGCCGGGGCAAAGCGGGGAAGCAUGGCGGCGGCGACGAGGACGAGUACGUGGACGAGAGGCUCUCCCGGAGGAUCCUGGAGCAGGCUCGGAUUCAGCAAGAGGAGCUGGAGGCCGAGCACGGCGCCGAGGGCGGAGGCGAGCCCGAGAAGGCGAAGACCACUGUCCUGGGACCUGCCUCAAAGGACAGAGAUUCAGAUACAGAUGAUGAUGAGUGGCCAACACUGGAGCAAGCUGCAGCCAUGGGGAAAGGAGAGUACUGUGAGGAGGUAACUGUGAAUCCAGAGGAUGAAAAAGCCAUUGAGAUGUUCAUGAACAAGAAUCCACCACUGAGGCGCACCUUGGCAGACAUUAUCAUGGAGAAGAUCACUGAGAAGCAGACAGAGGUGGAAACUGUGAUGUCCGAAAUAUCUGGUCGGCCCAUGCCACAGCUUAAUCCCCGUGUCCUGGAAGUCUACAAGGGUGUCAAAGAAGUGCUGUCAAAAUAUAGGAGUGGGAAACUGCCUAAAGCAUUUAAGAUCAUCCCAGCCUUGUCCAACUGGGAGCAGAUCCUGUAUAUCACAGAGCCUGAAACGUGGACAGCAGCUGCCAUGUACCAGGCAACAAGGAUCUUUUCCUCUAACCUCAAAGAGAGGAUGGCCCAGAGGUUCUACAAUCUGGUGCUUCUCCCUCGAGUCAGAGAUGACAUUGCGGAAUAUAAGCGCCUCAACUUCCAUCUUUACAUGGCGUUGAAAAAGGCCUUGUUCAAGCCUGGGGCCUGGUUCAAAGGGAUCCUCCUCCCCAUAUGUGAGUCAGGAACAUGCACACUGCGAGAAGCCAUCAUUGUGGGCAGCAUCCUCACCAAGUGCUCUAUCCCUGUCCUUCACUCCGGGGCUGCUAUGCUAAAGAUUGCCGAGAUGGAGUACAGUGGCGCCAACAGCAUCUUUCUCCGCCUGCUCAUUGACAAGAAGUACGCCUUGCCUUUCCGUGUGGUGGAUGCCCUGGUCUUUCACUUCCUCGCCUUCCGGACGGACCGGCGCACCCUGCCUGUCCUCUGGCACCAGUGCCUCCUGACCUUUGCCCAGCGAUACAAAGAGGACCUGUCCUCGGAGCAGAAAGAAGCCCUCUUAGAGCUGCUCAAGUUUCACAGCCACCCCCAGAUCUCUCCAGAGAUCCGCAGGGAGCUAGUGAACUCCAAGUGUCGGGACGUGGAGGGGAUGCAGCCAGCGGCAAUGGAGUGAACAGAGGAUGGGAAGGGGGACUCCACAGAUUGUGAUCAUGGCAGAACUGCUGAGUCAAAGGAAGCUUCUGGUUUGAACUUGAAACUACAGCACACUGUCGAACAAAUAGGGUUUGUACCCGCACUGCUUUGAUUCACAGAAGCCUUAUUUAUGUAGGGAUGAAAGUAUAUGUAAGCCCCCUGCCCCCUUUUGACUCGACAUGCAUUCAUGGUGAUUAGAAACCAGCAUCCCUCCCAUGAGAAAUGGGUUCCCCUUUUUGCGAUAGAGCUGCUGUUAAAGGGCUACAGUGACUCUUGCCCCUUUUGAGGUGCUGGUGGAUGCAAGUUGCUGAUCAACAGCAGGGAGAUAAACUGUUGAGCUGCAGAUUAGUAGGGAGGAAAGAGCAUCUACCAACUGCAGGAUCUGGCCUCCAAUGGAAGUAUUGGUAGCCAAGAAUCUUACCCUUUUACAGCAGGGGGGGACCAGUCUUGGUGGCCUGUGAGCUGUAUCCAGCCUUUCUGGCCGGUUUGGCUCUGAGGUGGCAUCUUGCAUGUUGCUGCUGGUCUUGCAGGGGCUGUUGGGUUGACUGUCACCCUUCUGUGAUGAAUGUGGGCUGCUUUGCUUUUGAGGGUGACACAGCCCAAGCACCACAAAGUGUGCCUGAGAGCCAUAAACUCCCGAACUGGCCAUCCACUUGCCUUUCCUGGUUGUCGGUUGGGGAAAACUGCAUUCGGGUGGGAAGCCUCUUGCCCUCCAAAUGUUGUUGGAAUCCCCAGGUCCCAUUUGCUUCAGCCAACAUUGCAAAUUGCCGUGUAUGGUGGGAGUUGUAGUCCAGCUACUCCAGCACUGGAAUAGAGAGAUGCUCCAGGGAUCUUUUGUGAUGAUAUGAAGCCACCUCGGGCGUUGGGGUGGGGCUGCUCAACCCCCACAUAGCUAGAUUGGCUGAAGAAGACUUGGACUCCUGGAACAAGUUAGCCAUUGCCACUUGAGAUGCACGGAGUCCCUGCUGCCCCACCCUCGGUUAAUUUGAUGCUCUUCCUAUUGUUUUCCCAUAUAAGCAGCAGCCAUCAUGUAUGUCAUCAGGUUGCUGCAGCUGAGCACCCCAUAUUCUUGUCUCUUUCCCUGUCCCCUCUAGGUAGAUGUUUAUAGGUAGAUCUGUCAGCUGGGUAUUUAUACAUUUGAAGGUUAGAUUUUGGCUUUCUGGGCUUCUAAGGCUAUUCAUAGUACAGCUCUAAAAAUAAAUGCGUGCUAGAGCUUAUAUACCCAUACUGCUGGUAUAUAAACCCAAAUGAGAUGCAUAAGUUUGAAAUUACAUGUAAUGCCUAGAAUAAAUAUCUGAGUAACCAGCAA